UUUUUUUUUACACAAUUUAACAUGUGUGCCAACAUAGUGUUUGAGUGGCUUAAAACUUUGCAGCUUUCUCAAUAUUCAGAGUCUUUUAUGGAUAAUGGCUAUGAUGAUUUGGAGGUUUGCAAACAGAUUGGGGAUCCUGAUCUGGAUGCAAUUGGUGUAAUGAUCCCUCAGCAUCGCAAAAAGAUUCACGAUGCUGUCCACAGACUGAAGGACGAGGAAAAAGAGGCAGCAAGUGGAUUAUAUUUUACGUUGGAGCCUCAGGUAGGCUCCCCCACACCUGAUAUCUACACCAGUCACCUGGUGGACCAGUAUGAAACCAAAGCCUGGAAGGAGGCCCAGGGUCACAAACCUGUACCAAGGAGUAACAGAACUGGCCAGCUCAACCGAAGUUUGGUUACCUAUCCAAAACUUAAGUUAAAGAUCAUGAUUAGGGAUAAACUGAUUCGGGAUGGCGUCAACCUCAGCAAACCACCUUACUCCAAAAAGGAUGGUUCAUUGGGGAACAUUGAUGACCUCGCUGAGCAGUACGCCGAUUAUUACAAUACCUGUUUUACGGAUGUGUGUGAAAGGAUGGAGGAACUCCGCAAACGUCGUGUUUCUCAGGAGCUUGAAAUGGAGAAAUCUGAUGCCAGCUCCACAUCAUUACAGCUGCGAUCACAAACUGAAGAAUCACUGGGAUUUAGCAGUGCAGUAUCUACCCCAGAGACUGAGAGAAAACUUUCUCUACAUAAAUCAAGCUCUGAAGAAAGCUCAGUAGGAAAAAUCGACUGCAAGAAGAAAAAUAAGAAUUUUUGGCAAAAUUUCCGCAAGAGUCAGAAGGGGAUUAUGAGGCAGAUUUCAACAAAAGGGGAGGAUGUCGGAUAUGUGGCGAGUGAGAUCACCAUGAGCGACGAAGAGCGGAUUCAGCUUAUGAUGAUGGUGAAGGAAAAAAUGAUCACUAUUGAAGAAGCCCUUGCCAGGCUGAAGGAGUAUGAGUCUCAGAAUAAGACACCAGGCACCCAGGACUCAGCAGAACUGGCUGAUGGUUCCUAUCCACCCUGUGACGGGUCUUCCAAUUGCAAUUCGAGAGAACAAUCAGAAGAUGAGUCUGAGGAGUCUGUGAAGUUUAAGAGAUUGCACAAGUUGGUGAAUUCCACACGUCGUGUUAAAAAGAAACUUAUUAGGGCAGAAGAAAUGAAGAAGCCCAAUUCUGAAAGUAUUGAAGACAAUACAAUUCCUCCCAUAGUGGAUGAUAAAUCUGCACUUUAUUCCGGGGUAAAUAAGAAGCCAUUAUGUAGAGAAAAUUCACUAGAGAAAAAACAUGAUGAUUGUUCAUUUACUGUGUCUCCUUCCUCUGGAAACUUUGACACAUUAAGUAUAAACAGAAAACUAGUAAAGACAUUGAGUAAAUCUGAUGGACGUGGCCUAAUUAAACCUCCUAAGAAGAUUGGUACAUUUUUUUCCUAUCCUGAAGAGGACAAGUCUCAGAAGGUGUCCCGUUCUAUGACAGAACGAGAGAUGAAGAAAAGCCUUGGCUCCUUAAGCCAUGGGGUAAGUACAGAGAGUGUUUGCUUUUAUGACAGAAACAGGCACAAGCAUCAUCUUUUAGUUUCCCUGGAAGAAGUACAAAAUAUCAGGAAACAGAUAAGACUGAAGAAAAUUGAUUCUAGCUACUCCUGUGCCAGAGCUUUUCUCUGCCAGCGUCCAACCAGAAAAGGAACUUCUUCUCCAACCUGUGAUCGUCAACCAUUCUGUCAAAGGGUCAAAGGUGGAAGCUGUGUCUUUCCAAACAGGAGACCGCGGGGCCGCACAGUCAGUGAAUUUAACAUAACCUACAUAGUGGAGAGGAGCUUGUACAGCCACUUGAACUUAACCCACCUUGUACGGCCUGUCUGUGACAGGACUCUUAGCAAAGCAGAAAAGAGAUGCCUGCUGGAAGAAGAGGAGGAGGCUGAACGGAAGUGGGCUGCCACAAUGGACCGUUGUACUAAAAGGGUUCUCUUAAGAAUCCAUCAAAAGUCUAGGACCUGUAGCUUUGGUGGGUUUGACCUUUCUAAUCGUUCUUUGCAUGUCGGAAAUAAUGAAGAUCAGCUGGACAAAGAAGGAGAAUUCAUUUACAAAGAAGUGAUCAAGUCUCCUACCACACCACGGAUCUCACUCGGUAAAAAAGUGAAAUCUGUUAAAGAAACAAUGAGGAAGAGGAUGUCUAAAAAAUACACAAGUUCUAUUUCAGAGCAGGACUCAAGUAUCGAUGGAAUGCCUGGGUCCCCAGAGUCUCUUAAGCCUCCUACAAGCACUCUUGAGAAACCUAAGCUAAAAGCAGGCGGUUCUGUAGAAAGUCUCCGCAGCUCUCUCAGUGGUCAGAGUUCCAUGAGUGGGCAAACUGUAAGCACAACAGAUUCAUCAGCUAGCAACAGAGAAAGUGUCAAAUCUGAAGAUGGGGAUGAUGAGGAGCCACCAUAUCGUGGGCCUUUUUGUGGUAGAGCAAGAGUCCAUACAGAUUUCACCCCCAGUCCUUAUGACUCGGACUCCCUGAAACUAAAGAAAGGAGAUGUUAUUGACAUAAUAAGCAAGCCCCCAAUGGGCACAUGGAUGGGACUCUUAAAUAAUAAAGUUGGCACCUUCAAAUUCAUAUAUGUGGACGUGAUAAAUGAAACCGAGGAAAAGCCGAAGCGACCAACAAGACGGCGACGCAAAGGAAGACCACCAAAGCCAAAGUCUGUGGAGGAGCUAUUAGAUCGCAUUAACUUAAAGGAGCACAUGCCAACCUUUCUUUUCAAUGGUUAUGAAGACCUGGACACAUUUAAGCUUCUAGAAGAGGAAGAUCUGGAAGAACUGAAUAUACAAAACCCAGAACACAAAGCUGUCCUACUUACUGCAAUUGAGUUGCUGCAGGAAUAUGACAGUAACAGCGACUUUUCAGGGUCUCAAGAAAAAUUACUUACGGGAGGAGAAAGUACAAGUGGGUGCUCACCCCGGGACUCUGGCUGCUACGAGAGCAGCGAGAACUUAGAAAAUGGCAAGAGCCAGAAAACAUCACCCGUAUCUCCUGAAUCUUCUUCAAAUCGUGAUUUCAGCAGAAAUCAGGUUAUUGAAUAUCCAGCACUGCCUGACGCAAUAUCCGUCGAAUCUGCCAAAACAGGAGAUAUGUUGGCUGCAAAGUGCAGCGGUCUAACAGGAUCUAAAAAGAACCGGAGAAGUCUGCCAGUUUCAGCUUGCAGGAAUUGUGAGCAGGAUGAAAACAAAUCUAUACAAGAAUGGCCAAGAUCUCACUCAAUGGACAAUCUCCAAGGAGAAGGCAACAACAAAAAUCUGUCUGUAUUUACACCAAAUCUGGACAGUGCCUCAAAUAAUAGUUUUAUUGUGAAAGAAGCAGAUGUUAUAAAUGACAGGAUAUCCUGCAACAUUGACGCCAUGGCAGAGCCUAAUGACCAAUCAAUUUACCCUGUACAAAGCAAAAGAGGAUCUUACUUACAAAGUAAUGAAAAAGCCAACAUGGUCCUUGGCCAUCUUGAACCUUCACUUUCUCCUUUGGACAAGGUAUCAUGUUCUACAGAAAAUAGAGCUCAGGCCAAAAGUCCUUCCCAGCCUCCACCAGUCCCAGCUAAAAAAUGCAGAGAACGUUUUGCUAAUGGUGUGUUUCGUCCUUCUCUUAAUUCAACAGUUUCAAAUUCAGAGGAAGCAUGUCUUUCCACUAUAAAAACAGCACCAUUGAGUCCUAACCACUGUUCUGUGCUUCCUGCCCCUGCACAAGAGUGCAGCAGUCCUUUCACUCAAAGACCUCCAUGGUUACCCAAUAUUUCUGAAGAUUCACCUGUUCCACAGCAUGCAGUAAAACUGGGCCCUGUGUCAGCUAGAAAGAUCUCGUGUGUCAAAGGCAUGGAUCAGGAGGUUUUAAUAGAAAACAAACUACAGUCUGAAGAGAUAGACCUUACUGAUGAACCCUAUUCAGAUAAGCAUGGUCGAUGUGGGAUUCCUGAAGCUUUGGUUGAACGUUAUGCUGAAGACUUAGGUCUGCUGGAAAAAGAUGUGGCAACUGUCUUGGAUCAAAUAAGGGUUAGACAUCUAAGGAAAAUGCACCGUAUGGCUAUUCCAAGUGGUGGCCUCACUGAAUUCUGUAGAAAACCCGUUUCCCCUGGACACAUCUCCUCUGUCACGGAAUGGCUUGUUUCCAUCGGGCUCCCCAUGUACGGUCCUGCACUCGCAGAAGCAGGAUUCACCACGCUGAAUAAAGUGCCUACUCUUUCACAGACUCAUCUUCUAGGAGCCGGCAUAAAAGAGGAAAGACACAUAACAAAGCUCCUAAGUGCUGCGGGACUUAUUAAAGACAUAAGUCCACAGGCGAUUUAAAGCUUUUAUUGCAUCUCGAGACCUGCUUCCACUAUCAGUUCCAAAAUCUGAGUGCAAGGUGCACAGGCGUUACCAAGAGUGUAUUAUAAAAUGUGGAUCUGCAAUUUUUCAAGAAGACACGAUAUAUGGCAGAUUUAACGAAGACAUACUCAGCUGCCUGAAAGGAUUCUAUAUAUGCAAAGGUGCAAUU